AUGACGAGUCUCCGGGAUGCGUGGGCCGUGGGGUUGGGUAACCGACUGGUCGGUGACCCGGCUAGGGAGGCGCGCCGGUCCGGCCCCUCCACCACGACCCUAAUCCCAGAGCGCCCGCCGGCCUCCGCCCGUAGCGCCAGCUGGCACUUCAGCAAGUGGGCGGCGGCGCCCAUCAGCAAGCGGCGGUACCUCUCUGGGGACCUACGCCUGCAGCUGGUGAAGAUGGGCUCAGCCACCCGCAAAGAGUCGGCGGUCCGGCGGCACAGUUCCAAGAGUCUAGCCGAGGAGUGGGACCAGAGGGCGAUCGGAGAAAGCUACUACGAGCUGUUCGCGGCCUCAUUGGGCAACCUGGAAUGGCUGCGGUUCUGUCUAAAUCGGCAUCCUGGCGAAAUCGUGGCCGAUGACAAGGGUUUCACUGCCAUCCACUUUGCAGCCCAGAGCGGCAAGCUUGCAUGCCUGCAGGUCUUGGUGGAGGAGUACAAGUUCCCUGUAAACCUGCCCACUAACAACGGCCAGACACCUCUGCACCUUGUCAUCCAUGCUGACAACAAGACCGUGGCCCUCCCCUGCAUUCACUAUCUGAUUAAGCAAGGGGCAGCCCUCAACACUCAGACGUGCAGUGGCUCCACACCUCUGCAUCUGGCAGCCCGCGAGGGCCUGCUGAGCUGUGUCAAAGUCCUGGUGCAGAAAGGUGCCAAUGUCCAUGCACAAGAUGCCACAGGCUGCAAGCCCAUUGACUACUGCAAAAUAUGGAACCACCGAGUCUGUGCCCGGUUCUUGAAAGAUGCCAUGUGGAAACGGGACAAGAAGGACUUUGCCCAUGAGAUGACGAAACUGAAGAGGCUCAGGGACCAGCUGGCCCUCAUGGAGGAGGACUACCUCGCUGAGCACCAAAAGGAGCACCAAAUUCUGAGAGAAGCUGACUUCAAGAAGUGGCUCCAUCGCAAGUUGCUACUCCAAGACCAGUCCCAAAUACCCAGCGUUCAGCGAGAGCCCCGUGCUCCGCCCCGGGCCACGGCCCUCUCCAAGACCUGCAAGGACGGGGUACUGUGGCCUCCCACGACCUUCCACCCCUCCCCGGAGGCGCGCCUGCAACAGAUACAGCAGCCCAAUAUGCCCUUGCUGACGCCUGCGCCCACCUAUAAGCCGCCCACCAUCAGGCGGCCCAAAGUGUGGAAUCUUAGCAGCAACCCUGCCAGGUCCCCCACCGCCCAGAUUGCCUACCCACAGGGCGUCCGCCUGGGUGUGCAUCCUGACCCCAGGCCAGAGCGUGACUUCCGCUGCUUCGUGGAGGUGAGGUCCGACGGGCACGGUGGCGCGCACCUGUGCACGGUGGCCGGCCACCAUGUGGAGCCUGUGCCCCGGCUGCCUUUUGAAGUGGUAAUCCGCGAGCUGUACCCUUCGGUGCGGCCCUACAGAAUGAAGGUGCCCCAGGGCUUCUGCUCUGUCACUAUGGGAGAGGUGCCCCGGAAGCGGCACUUGGGCAACAGCAGCUUCUGGACCGACACGCUGAGCAUGAACCUGCGAGAGACAUUCGACGAAGCCUUCCUGGUGGCUGUUCGAGCCCAUCAAGGACUCCCUGCUCUGCCUUCCCCUAAAUCACCCCUCCCUUAAACUUACUUUGGUAGCCUCUCCACUGGAGACUGCUCAGUGAAGGCUGAAGUGUGGUGAUUCUGUGUGGAUGGGGAGGAAGGGGGAGUGCCCACAGGCUGCCCACCCUCAAGCUCAAGGAUGGCGGCCCCCUCCCCCACAACCCCAGAUCCCCUUCUCUCCACAAAGGAAUCUCCCCCAGGAGAUCCAAGUUAGGGCAGUAUCCCAAGGCUGAGUGGGGAUCCCUCUGUUCUGGACCCUAGCACUGGAAAAGUGACACCUUGGCAUCCCCAUCUCCCCCUCCUACCCCAAACAGCUCACCAGAGGUGAGGAUUCCAGGAUGAGGGGCCACUUUGAAAUUCUGCCUUUUGUUCAUAUUAAGUCCUUCCUGCUGCAGGUUCUAAGCCUCAUUCUGCAUUUCCAGAUCCAGAACAGGGAGGAGGAAGGCUAGUGUCGCCCUGCCGUUGGCUUUCCCGCCACUCUGGUCUUCCUUCACCCCAGUUGCCAGUGGGGUCUCUGCAGUUCAGAGCAGCACAGGCUGUCUCUAUAUGGAAGACGGAGGUUGAGGCCGAAAGCACUCCUACUUCCUCCGGGAAGCUCACCUGGAUCCCCUGCUAGCCCCUGUAUACAUCACUGCAAAUCAUUCAUUAAACAAACGUUUAUUGAGUA